AUGGUUCAGUACGGACCUCACAUGGUUCAGUACAGACCUCUCAUGGUUCAGUACAGACCUCUCAUGGUUCAGUACGGACCUCACAUGGUUCAGUACAAACCUCACAUGGUUCAGUACGGACCUCUCAUGGUUCAGUACAGACCUCUCAUGGUUCAGUACAAACCUCACAUGGUUCAGUACGGACCUCUCAUGGUUCAGUACGGACCUCUCAUGGUUCAGUACAGACCUCUCAUGGUUCAGUACAGACCUCUCAUGGUUCAGUACAGACCUCUCAUGGUUCAGUACAGACCUCUCAUGGUUCAGUACAAACCUCACAUGGUUCAGUACGGACCUCUCAUGGUUCAGUACAGACCUCUCAUGGUUCAGUACGGACCUCACAUGGUUCAGUACGGACCUCUCAUGGUUCAGUACAGACCUCUCAUGGUUCAGUACGGACCUCUCAUGGUUCAGUACAGACCUCUCAUGGUUCAGUACAGACCUCACAUGGUUCAGUACAGACCUCUCAUGGUUCAGUACGGACCUCACAUGGUUCAGUACAGACCUCUCAUGGUUCAGUACAGACCUCUCAUGGUUCAGUACGGACCUCACAUGGUUCAGUACAGACCUCUCAUGGUUCAGUACAGACCUCUCAUGGUUCAGUACGGACCUCUCAUGGUUCAGUACAGACCUCACAUGGUUCAGUACAGACCUCACAUGGUUCAGUACGGACCUCACAUGGUUCAGUACAGACCGCUCAUGGUUCAGUACGGACCUCACAUGGUUCAGUACAGACCUCUCAUGGUUCAGUACAGACCUCACAUGGUUCAGUACGGACCUCUCAUGGUUCAGUACGGACCUCUCAUGGUUCAGUACAGACCUCUCAUGGUUCAGUACGGACCUCACAUGGUUCAGUACAGACCUCUCAUGGUUCAGUACGGACCUCACAUGGUUCAGUACAGACCUCUCAUGGUUCAGUACAGACCUCACAUGGUUCAGUACAGACCUCUCAUGGUUCAGUACGGACCUCACAUGUGGUUGGUGGGUGGUUGUUCGAGCCAUGCUAUGGGUGGAGGUGGGUGGUUGUUUGAGCCAUGCUAUGGGUGGAGGUGGGUGGUUGUUCGAGCCAUGCUAUGGGUGGAGGUGGGUGGUUGUUCGAGCCAUGCUAUGGGUGGAGGUGGGUGGUUGUUCGAGCCAUGCUAUGGGUGGAGGUGGGUGGUUGUUCGAGCCAUGCUAUGGGUGGAGGUGGGUGGUUGUUCGAGCCAUGCUAUGGGUGGUGUGUUUACCCCCUGA